AUGCCGCAAUGGGAUGAGAAGGGCAAAGAGAUGCCUUUGUCUCUCCGCGAGGAGAGUCUUCUCAGCGAUAAAGACUGGAAGGUCAUUGGGUUGAUGGAUAGGGUGCUUGUUGACUUCGAAGAAGCACUCCGAAUGCUAGAAGAGGUGGAAAGCAGUAGCGGAGAAGUUCCCGAUCCAGAGCACCUCAAGGCUAACAUUAAUCUGGGCUGGGAUAAGUUGAACGACUACUAUACGAAGCUUGACGAGACGCCAGCAUACUAUGCUUCUGCUAUUUUAAAUCCGGAGGCAAAAGGAAUGGUGAGAAACCUGUGGGAGGAGGAGUACAAAUCGCUGCCGAUCCCUCCGAUGCCUGACGAAGAGCGUCCGUACAAGCGACUGAAGGCAAUGAGCGCGCUUGAGAGACACCGAGCCCAGAGGACUUCGUCGCUGCCCAACGAAUCUUCCUCUUUGGAAAGUUCACUGAAUCCGGACCAUGAUGAAUAUGACCGCUGGCUGUCGAGUGCUGACGCUGAGAAUGAUCCUCUCGUCACCAACCCAUUUCAGUAUUGGUGGCAGAGGCGGAAAGACUACCCACGGUUGUCGCGGAUGGCUCUCGACUUGCUCUCGAUCCCUCCCAUGUCCGCAGAGUGCGAGCGUCUCUUUAGUACCACUGGGCAAAUGGUGUCACCGCUACGGACUCGAUUGGAAGCCAGCACGAUAGGGAUUACGCAAACGUUACGGUCGUGGGAGAAUGCGAAUAGCAUUAUAUGGAGUCUAGGGAUGAUACUGGACAUGCUGCCGGCUAGGGCCCUCGGCGACCCCAUGGGCCGUACGUGGUUCAACGUCUUCAAUUCAACUCCAUCGCCCCCAUCUGAAGGCAGGUGGUUCAACUCAACGGGACCAAUGAUGAAUAAGCUGUCAACGCAACUCAAUAAUGAGGCCAAAUUGAUGGAAUUGAAUUGA